CUCCCGUCGUGGAUAGGCGCCAAUGCUGUGGCAGCAUGCAAGAUCGUCCGGCCGUGAUACUCAACUGCGAGUUUCAUGGUAAGCCAUGUCUCCCCAAACCCCCUUGUUCCUUUCCCAUACCACAAUGGCCCAUUUGACACGCUUCUAGAUGGCUAUUGUGUUUUCCAUCCAUUUCCCUUUUCCCAUGUUGCACUGUUGCAUUGUUUAAAACCUGAUCUGCUCUUGGCUGGGCUGCUGGAAGAUCUUUUCCUUCUUUUUAUUGCCGCCCUAGCAGGCAAUGGAAGAGGCCUUCCUGCCCAGCUUCACAUCUUGACAUCGCGCCACCUCACUCAUGUCGUGCCCGGAAACACACAGACCGGUCAUCGUAUCUGUCGGCAGCUCCCAUCCAGAGAACGGCACCGAUCGACGCAUUGGCGGAGCUCUCCCUCUCACCGGUCAACUCAGCCAGAGGGUUUGCCGCCAACAGUGGUGCCUUCCGUUCUCGUCUCAUGGGGCUAUCGUACCUACCCAGGAGAGUCGUCCGAGUUCUUUUCCCGCUCCUUCCCGCCAUACCUACCUACGUACCUACCUAGUGCCCUGAAGCCAGACCCCGCCGUCGCGAUCCGGUGGUGUGACAGCAACUAGUGGAGUCUCUGGUGCGCCGUCGAGAACCUGGAAGGACCGCAUCCGAUGGAUGGAUGUUCUUGCCUCUGUCUCCAUGGUAUGCUCCAUCUUCGCUCAUCGCCCUCGCGCAGGGCAUCGGCCGGCUGGGUCGGCCUUGCUUGCUGCACCAUAUCAUGUGGGAAAUCAAGGAGAUCCCGCCCCGUUGGCCACUAGUUCGUGUCAAGGUACCUAUCACUUUGCAGUCUUUGGUUUCCACGUCCGGGUCCUGCCCGACCAGCUUCGUCAGGGACCGUCGUGUAAGGCAAUAGUCUCGAUCUUCAUGGCUACACCACACCACAGGGCACCUUGAUGAGGAGCUUGUCUGAGGCAAGUGCCCAAAGCAGCGAAUCGUGGUGCAUUGGGCGGAACUGCAAUCGAAGCUGCUUUCACCUCUCCAAGGGCGUUCGUUUCAAUUACAUGCUCAGGCUUUUCUUCAUGAAUCCAUUCCUGCUUGGUCGUCCUCUCCUCUCAGCAGCGACUUCCGCUUAGGCUAGCUUGGGCUGGCCCGAGACCGGUCUAGUCGUAAUUGGGAUUUCCCGCUUUUGGUUCCAUACAGUUGUCACUGCCAACCCCACACAUUUCAUAGCUACCAGACUACUAGGAGUUAGGAAAGAACGUACUUGACUGACCGAGUCAUGUCGAUCGACCCAAACGGUCAGGACACCUGCAUUCAAAAAUUUUGAAGCCUCCAACCGCAUUUUUGCGCGGACAGGGUCAAGAGCCUGGAGCAAGUACUCGCAUAGCACCUCUCCCACACCCCUGGCUCCCAUCUUUCUACAUCCCACUCCGUCGCGAGUCAUCCACCUUGGUUGGGCCAGGGCAACGUCAAGUGGUGCUCUCUUGGACAGCUAAAGACGGCCGUUUUUCCAUUGGUGACCUGAAACUCGCAUGGCUGCUAUCAGCACUUCGGAGGAAGUUCAGCAUCUUUCUGUCUGUCCAUGCCCAAGUUCGAGUAUCGCUACUCCUUGUGCCUGCCGGGCAUACUAAGCGAGUUAAGAUAUCUCUACUUCAUGCCGUGCCUCACAGGCCCUGGCCUGAGCAGCCCUAGCAUGUACCUUCCUGCCAGCUUCCACUGGCUACCCGUGUGGCUGCUUCUCAACAUCAUCGCCUGUUCCUUUCGUUCUUGUGUAAGCACCACAACCUGUCUUCCGGCCAGGUCAAUGGCGGGACGGCUACGGUCCUCGCCGUGUCGUUAUUUCCCACCAGCUCACCGGUUUCCUGGGAUCGGACAGCGGCAGCAAAUGGAAUUGGGCAAGCACAAAGAGGUCAAGUUGAUAAAACUAUAUCAGUCCGACUUUUCUUCCCCCAAACCUGACUUCUCUCUCGUUCUUUCCCUCCUCACUCGUCUUCAUUUCAUUUCUCUGUCCUGUGUCUUCGUAUCCACAGCAUACACGUCCGGGCACCAUUGUCUCUCUCUUCGAAAACUGUUAAAGUCUAUUCUCGGUCAUCUGUUAGACCGGUACCAACCUGCUCUCACCCGUUUACGUUACAUCGAACCAGCUCUCAACAUUUUCCCACCAUGUCUGCUCUUGUAUCCGGACCCAUCUCCCGGGCGGCUGUUGCCCCAAUCACCGACGUCAAUGUCAACCUUGUUGCUGCCCCAGCACUGCCGUCCGGCUUUCCGUCUCACCUCGACAGCGAGCUGGCCUGGACUCCCGCCUCCCUGGCGGUGGCCGCUGACUUUAUUCUUCGUCUGAACGAGGAUGACAUCACGGAGGUGAAUGCGGCUGUUGCUCACUUCAAGACCCUUGACCAGGAUGGAGAUCUCGUUGAGCCUACCAACUUCCCUCUCCCUACCCUUGGGCCAAAGCUUGAGAAGCUCAGCCGCGAGGUUCACAACGGGAAGGGGUUCUCUGUCAUCCGCGGCCUCAAGCCUGCAUCCUAUCCUGUUGAGGAUCUCAGCCUGGUUUACCUUGGCCUUUCAUCGUACAUUGCCGAGCAGCGCGGUCGCCAGGACAAGCGUGGCAACAUGCUGGUCCACAUCGUCGCUGACAACAGCACCAAGUUGGCCGCCGAGCACCACAGACACUCAAACAAGUCGAUUACUUUCCACCACGAGGAGGCUGGAGAUGUCAUCAGCUGGUUGACUCGCAGCACUGCUGCUACCGGCGGAAAGUGUAUUAUUUCCUCGGCCUACACCGUUUACAACGUUCUUGCGGCCACUCGCCCGGAUAUCAUCCGUACCUUGGCUCGCUCUGAUUGGCCAUUUGCGCUUCCUCGCUUCCAGUGCCGUCCUGUCAUUUUCUACCAGGAUAACAGGUUGAUUAUGAACUUUGGCCGUGCUGCUCUCCUCGGCAAUGAGGCUCAUCCCCGGUCCAAGAACCUCCCAUCCCUGACCAGCAGUCAAAUGGAGGCUUUGGAUGCGAUUGAGUCCAUUGCUCGGGCUGCGGAGAUGGAGAUUCAAACUCAGGCCGGCGACAUUCAUUUCAUCAACAACCUGGCCAUCCUCCACCGUCGUGAGGGCUUUGCUGACGGUCCCACGGAGAAGCGCCACCUCGUCCGCAUGCGUCUUCGCAGCUCCCGAGAGGGCUGGACCAUUCCCACCGCUUUGGAGCAUGAGUGGGAGCGUGCCUUCAAGGAGCAGGGCACCAAGAACUGGCACCUGGACCCCAUGCCCGAUUUCUACUUUCCUCUUCGUUCUCAACCUAACUAGAUUGCGGAUAGCAUCGCACUUUUCUUGGGCAUCUUGUGUGUGUGUGUGUGUGUGUGUACAUCUUUCAUUGCUAAUUCUAUCUCGGGACGACAGUGUGCAUGGAAAGGAUCUAAAACUGGCGAGAUGGCGUCUGUGUUGUUACUGUGCUAUGGGUGGGGAAAACGGAAACGGAAAAGGAAAAAGGGGAUAUGGUUCAAAUGAAGCGGGGCAGUUGGAAAAAAAGGAGAGGAAGGCGCAAAUCGUGUGUUUUCUUUUGGUGUUUUAGUAUUAUUCACAGGCUGGUUUUGCUGGACAAGCGCCUACUGGCGGCCCUCAAUCAAAUCCAUUACCAGCAAGAC